AUGGCCCUGGGAGAAGAAAAGGCAGGGGUGGAGGCAUCCCUGGACUCAAAGGCCCUGUCCUGUGGGCGCUGGAGCUGCAGAGAGCAGGAGGGAGACACCCCAGGGCCUGUGAGUGGGGAGCAGCCACCACGACUGGAAGCUGAAGGAGGGCCUGCCUCCCCUGAGUGGGAGACAGAGGGCCCCCCUGCCCCUGUCUGCUGCCCCUCUGGAGCCUGCCAGGCACAGGCCAGCAACACAAGCAGGGAGCCAGUAGCUGGUGCAUCUCAGCCUGCUCUCAGUGGCCUGCCUCCUCCUGCCAAUGUGGGGACAGGAGAGCUGCAUUCUCUGGGAAGCCAGAUGGAGGACACCAGGCUUUGUGCCUUAGAAGAGCUACCUCAGACUACAACUGCUCCCAGAGCCACGGCCCUUUGCUCAGGACAUGAUGCUGAUACCGAAGAUGACCCAUCCCCCGUGGAGUCACCGCGGGUGCUGGCCCUCAGCCGACAGCCUCACAUCUCGGGUUUCCCUUUCUCGUCAAAGCGGAGGUCCAUGCUGGGCCCAGGGGCCACUGCUCCGUUUUCCAGCCGCAGUGUCUCUGCCUCACCCCCUGGCAGCAGCUCCCAAGGACACCAGGAGAAGGCAGAGCCUCAAAGUUGCUCUCUUGCCAAGGUCUCCCCCUCCCUGGAGCUGGUUGGCUCCCAGUCGGCCCCCUCCAUGGUGGGACCAGGGCCUCCGCUCCAGUGGUCUCCACAGCCUGUGUCCUCUGGGGGUGAUGCCCCUGGGCUACACAGGAGGCAUCUAUCCUUCCAAGCCGAGUACUGGGCCUGCGUACUGCCAGAUUCCCUGCCGCCUUCCCCUGACCGCCGCUCCCCGCUGUGGAACCCGAACAAAGAGUAUGAAGAGCUGCUGGACUACACUUACCCACUUAGGCCCAGGCCUCGGCUCCCGAGGCAUCUUGACAGCCACGUGCUGGCUGCCCCUGUCCUGCAGGAUUCAGGUGUAGACCUGGAUAGUUUUUCUGUCUCCCCAGCAAGCACUCUGAAGUCACCCACUAAUGUCUCCCACAGUUGCCCACCAGCGGAUGCCAGUGCCCUGCCAUCCUCUGGGUCCAGAGAGCCAAGCUUUAAACGGUCGCACUCUGGAGUACCCCAGGAGCAGGGCAGCGUGGGGCUGGCAUCUUGUAGCCGGCUCACAUCUACUCCCAGGGCUGCAGGCAGCAAGGACACUGUUUGGGAAAGGAGAGAGCCAGCCCUGAGGGGUGUGAAGGACUGGCGGACCGUGGGCAAGCACCUCGAGGUGGGCUCUCCCCAACUGAGGACAUGGGACAGAGGAUGGCCUUCAUCUGGGCAAGAGAGAGAGAAGGGGGCUGGCCAAGGUGACCAGCGCCCUGCCUGUAUGGAGUCUGGAUGGAAACCAGAAGAGGACUUGGAAAGUGAUGACGAGUAUCUUGCCCUGCCCACUCGGCUGACACAGGUUUCUAGCUUGGUUUCGUAUCUGGGUUCUGUUCCUACUUUGGUGACCCUGCCCACUGGAGCUGCCGAAGGGCAGAGCUCCCUGGAUGUGUCGAACAGUGAUGGGCCCACUUCUUUCCCAUCGGAUUCCAGCCAAAGCCAGCUUCCCUCUGUCCCCAGAGGGCCCGGGGGGUUUGAGGAGCAGAACCACUGUUUGCUCCGCUCCUUUCUCCAUGCAAGAGACUCUGCAGGAGACGGCAGUCUGCUGAGCAGCCAGGCACUGGGGGUCUCCUGUGGACCUCUGAGAACACGCUCCUCUUUACCAGUUAUUUUGGACCAGCAGACAUUCUCGGACCCAGACUGUAAAGGGCAGUCUCUCAGGAGAGGACGAGAGCAAGGAAAAGAAUCACUCAUGCACUGUGUGAAGACAUUUUGCUGUCAGCUAGACGAGCUGAUCCACUGGCUGUAUGACAUAGCUGAUGUUACCGACCACUGGACUCCACCAAAGUCCAGCCUUACGGGUCUCAAGUCUUCUCUGCAGCUUUACCGGCAAUUUAAGAAAGACAUAGAUGAACACCAGUCCCUGGCGGAGAAUGUCUUACAGGAAGGGGAGAUUCUUCUUCAGUGCCUGUUGGAUAACACCCCAGUGUUAAAGGAUGUCCUCAGGCGGAUCUCAAAGCAGCCCAGUGAGCUGGAGAGCCAUGCAGAUCACCUGUAUGAUACAAUCUUAGCUUCUGUGGACAUGCUGGCUGGCUGCACCCUCAUCCCUGAAGACACACCAGUGACACACAGUAGUGCUGAUGUGACUGGGAUGAGCCUGGCAUCUUCUCAGGCAGAGAUGUAA